ACAAGACAAAUUUCACAAAUUUCUUAAUAAAUUUACAUCUCAUCUUUCAUCUACUCAUGGACAUAUGAACAUAACCUAUUCUGUCAGUGGUUUUGCCAUGUGCUGCUCGUUGUUCCUCUUCUCAUGAAUGCUGUAAUUACAUAUGAUUUAAUUGUUCACUUCAUUACCUUCUGCGUUUUACUAUAACAUUGAACAUAAAAUAACAUAAAUAAACUACAUCAUGGCGAUGUUAGCAGAAAGAAAACGCAAAGUUAAAUGGGCUUUAAAUCCGCGUGGAAAACAAUGGAGUGAAGACUCUAAUAAAUUCGGACAAAAAUUACUGGAAAAAAUGGGGUGGACCAGUGGUAAAGGCUUGGGUGUGAAUGAAAGUGGCAUAACAGAACAUAUAAAAGUAGCUUUUAAAAAUGAUUCACAAGGAAUUGGUUACAAACUAAGAGAUGACCAAUGGACACAGCAUGAAGAUCAAUUCAAUUCAUUGUUAAGUUCAUUAAACGGUGAAUCUAUUGUUAAAAAUGAUACACAAGUAGAAGAAGAAGUCACUUCUUGUUCUGGUUUUGGUUUCAAAGACAAAAAUAAAGAAACUGUAGUUAAAGAACUUAGUGGAGAAUCAUUGGAAGAUAAAUCUAAGAAAUCUAAAGCUAGAGUACAUUACAAAAAAUUUACCAGAGGAAAGGAUAUAUCAAGGUAUAGUGAAAAGGAUUUAGCUAAUAUUUUUGGUAAAAAAGUGGAUGAUAUUAAAACUGAAGAGAACAAAACUGUUUCAAAUGUUGAGAGUGAUCCACCAAAGGCUACAGAAGAUAAUGAGAAAAAAGAUUUUUCUUUCGGAAUAACAACUAUUGAGACAAAAUUAAGUAUAAGCGACUAUUUCAAAAGUAAAAUGCCCAUUAAGAAAACCAAUAAAUAUAUUGUGGGCUCUGAUGGUGUUCUCAAAACAUUAAAAGAAGAAAAUGUUAACAAUGACCAAGAAAUAGAUACCUUUAGACCAUCUUUCAAUCUCAAUGAAAAGAUUAGUAAAGAAGAAGAAUCAGUUCGGUCUACAGAGCAUGAAAUAACAUCUGAAUUUGAUAGACAAGAUGGUUUUCGACCUUCUUUCAAUUUAGAACAAACUGAAUCAUCGUGCAAUGUAACUAAUAAAGUUGAAAAUCACAAUUCUAAAGGUGCAAUAACAGAAAACCCAGAUACUAAUAUGGAGGAAAAUACAGCAUAUAAAAAGAAUAAAAAAAUAAAGAAAUCUAAAGAAGAUGUGAUGGAUGUCAUUCCUGAUCCAAAAGAAAUUAUAGAAUUUGAUCAAAAUUCUAAUGAUUGCAAAAUUGUUAAAAAGAAAAAGAAAAAAGAUAAAAAAUCUAAAUCAACAAAAUCGAAUGCUGACAAUGGCAUGGAUAAUGAGGAAUCUAAAACUGUCACAUCGGAAGAUACUACUGAUGGAUUAGAGGUUCAAAAUAAGGGAAAACAAAAGAAUAUAGUUAAACACAAUAUUUUGGAUGGGGAAUUGCUUAUUAAUGGUGAUGUUGAAAAUGUGUUAGAAACUGCAGAUAAAUCAAAAAAGAAGAAGAAAAAGCACGUAUUUCAAAACAAUGAAAUAAAUGAAAAUAUUUCAAAAGAUGAAUCAGUGCUAAAUGUGGCUGAAUGUACAUCUAAUAUUUUAUCAGAUAAUUGUAAUAAGAAAAACAAAAAGAACAAAAACAAGGAUAUUAGUUUAGAUGAGGAGAUUAUUGUACAUAGUGAAAAAGAGCAGAAUAACAUUAACACAAUUGACAAAGGCAUUGACAGUUGCAUAAACAAAAAAAAAAGUAAAAAGAAUAAGAAGAAAAAAUCAAAAGAAUAUAGUAACGAAGCUGAAGAAAUACCGAAUAUGAAUGAAAAUGAUGUGCAUGAAGAACCUGAAAAUAAGAUUUCAGAAAAUGACAUAUGUAACAAUAAUGAAAACACCGACAAACCAUCCAAGAAGUCUAAAAAGAAGAAAAAAACUAAGUGUGACAAUGAGGUAGAUUCCAGAGAGGAGUUCGAAGAAAAUAAUUUAAAUAUUCAAGAUAUCAAUAAUACACAUACUAGUAAAGAAAAAAAACGGAAGUUCAUUAAUGAUGAUCAUGAACAAAAUACCAUUCAUGAAUCUCCUAUUUCUGAAUCACCCACAACAAAGAAACUUAAAAAAGAUAAAAUUGAAACAAAUGAACCUUCAGAUGAAAUAGAUUGUUCUAAGAAAACUUCAAAUGAUACAUAUUCUAAUGUUCCUAAAAAGCAAUUUGAUAAGAAAUUGUUUGCACAAAGACAAGCUGAGCGUCUGGAUAGAAAAAUGUUGAAAGAAAAACUUAGAAAAGUGCAUGCACAAAAAGGAACAUUCAUAUCCAAAAGUGCUUUUUCCGGAUCCAAUUUAUUAAAAUUACCUGGCUAUUGUUGA